AGUAAACUGGCAUUAUCGUCAAUGUUUACAUUCUAAGCUGUGCACGCGUUUUAGCAGCAGGCAAACUGAUGUGUGUGGAGUUUUCAUCUAUGUAAUUAAGCUCUUAUUGAUUGAGAGAUUGCUGAUUUGUUAUUAUAAUAUGAGCUGUAUACUGUAGUUUUAUUUUUGAAACUAAAAAAUGCUUAGCGUAUGUUUCCGGUUAAUUUUUUUAAAUAUUUUCCUGUAUAUGCAGUUAUUUUAAAAUAUUAGGUCAUCAUUGUGUGGAAGGACACUGCGAAAUGGCUAUGAAAUCAGUUUCUGAGUAUUAUAAUAAAGGAGAAAUGAAAGUGAUGGACAAAGAUCCAAAAGAACAAUUCAGAGAUCUUCCAGAUAAUACCAUAAUAGUGAAAGUGAAGCGUGGAAGUAAAAUAAGAAAUAUAAUGGGAUUUGUUGAAAAAAGUUUCAAGGAAGAAACAAAUACACAUAUGAUAUUCACAGGAUGUGGAGAUGCUAUUGAAAAAACAAUAACUUGUGCAGAAAUCUCUAAAACUAAGUUCAAGGGCUUGCACCAGGUAACAAAGCUGAGUUCACUAAGGGUUGAAGAAUAUUGGGAUCCCACUAAACCUGACUUAGAUAGAUUGCAAGUUACAAGAGAGAUUCCAAUGAUUGCUAUUUUGCUUUCCAAGAACAUUUUAGAUGCUAAUGAGCUUGGGUACCAAGGGCCGGAAGGUUCUAAAAAUUCUAAGAAAGCUAUGAAAAGGAAGAAAACACAGCAUGGACAAUCUCAUUCAAGUGAAAAGCUUGUCAAAGAUAUUGCAGAAUAAACUGAGAUAAUUUAUCUAUUACUUUAUUGAAAUAAAUAAAUGUACAUAUGUUUUGUUUUUUAAUAUAACACUUUUUUUCACUUGUUAAGUGGUAUUUUCCUUAUUUUGUAAACAAUGUUGGGAGAAUGGUUCAGUUCGUCUUUCCACAUUUUUUCAAAUUUUAUUUUAAUGUUUCAUUUUCCUUUUCACUGAAAAAUUAUUUUAUUAGAUUCUAUCCACAUAUCACACUUAAACAUAUGCCUUGAUGAAAUUUCCAAUUCAUAUUGCUGAUAAGCAUUUUUUUAGGUCUAAUUUUUAAUAACUUAAAUCUUUAAUGGCUUCUAGACGUUUUCUGAAAAUGCAUUGUGUACUAUUUACUUCGGAGAAAUUUAUGAUUGAACAUAAAAAUUUAUGAUUGGUAUGUUAAAAACACUAAAACAGAGUAAGUUUAAGUUUAAAAAAAAUUGUUUUUAGUGUCUAGAAUUAAUGAAAAUGGUACAUGAACAAAUUUAAUUGUUGCUGCAUACCGUCAGUUAGUUGUUUCAUGAUAUAGAAUGCAUGACAUUAUGAAAAUUUUAUUUUAACUAACCAAUUAAUAUCAUUUGAACCUUUGCUGCAACUCCUUCUUUCUAUAUCCUCACCAUAAUGCAAAUUUGUUAAUAAAUUAUUUAAGCUGAGGGUUUGAAUGUUUUAGAACCUUUGGUAGCUUGUUUGCAGCCUAUGUCAUAACACCAGCUGUGCCAAAGCUUCUUCCAGCUUUAGUCAUUUUGCUAGCUGAUGUUUAAUAAUUGCCAUUUACUAAAUUGAGUCAGCUUAAGUUUGGAUAAGUUGGACCAUUUUGGAUGGUAUUUAAAUUCUCAACAGUCUUUAAAUUCUCAACAGUCUAGUAUUACUUAACACUAAAUUUCAAUUUAUGUUACAUUAAAUAUCUGCAAGGAGUGGAAUUUUGUUUUGUAGCAUAAAUGGUACCUUCUGUUAAUUUCAAAUGAUUAAUAAAAAUAUUAUUUUAA